UUUCUUAAAAAUGGCAGGGUAAGUCAUACUAUUUCGUACCGGUCUAAACCAAUUAGUACAGAAGAGACUCUUAAGAAAACCUAAAAUUAGAAGGGGGAUUAAAGUAUUUUAUUGACUUCCAAGAGGAAAAUAUUUGAAUUUGAGAUAUUAGGGGUGUUUAUUAGCAAUCCGGAGAUUUUUAUCAUGAUGGGUUUAGUAAACCCUGAGGGCUUUGGAAGUAGAAUGAGUGAUCUAGGAUAAAAUUUGAGAGUUAGGUGGGCUUUAUGGUAUGGAAAUAUCCUGAGAAGUUCAUAAAAUUAAUGAUUGAUAUAGAAAAUCGGUCUCAGAAGAGUAAUUUUGGGAUAAAUAAUUUUUGAUUUUACACCAAAUUUCGAGUAUCUAAAUUUACAACGCAUGUGAUAAAUUUAUAUGCUCUGAUAAAUGCUUUACUUUACGCUGAUAUCAUAUCAAAGUCCUGGGUUUGAAGUAAUAACAUUUCUUGCUGUUAUUAUUUACCAGAAUUAGUAGUGUGAUAUUUUCUGUUUGGACAUAUCACUUUCAAGGUGGAACAUUGCUUAAAUUCAACUUUCCCUAGUAUUGAUAGCUCCACCAAAGAAUAAUGGUAGUGUCAUUGACUUCUGAAGGAUACUUCCAAGAUAUACAUAUUUAUAAGUCAUGACACCAUUAUUUUUGUAUAAUAAAAUAAAUAUUUUUAAGAACAAAUUAGGCUAGAAAGUCGUCCUCCACAAGUCUUACAUGGCAGACAAUGCUGAUCCCUAUUCAUGAAGUCUAUGGAAGAAGCCUACACAAGCCUGAUAAUCUGGGUUCUUUCGAGUCCUUCCAUUCUUUAUUUAGCCAGUAGCAAUUAUCCAAACUUCAUAUCAACUAUUUAACAGCUAAUUCAUGAUCUAGAAGAGCUUGACUUAUUUGAGUCCUCCAUAGUACUUUAGAUCCGGUGAUGUUCAUGGUUGUCCUGUCUGAUGUAUUCCCAAUCAAUCUGGUGUCUCCUCUAGUAAAACUUUAAAGAAGGCUUCCUUCAUUCUAGUUUGUAAGGCAACAGCUCCCCUUACAGUUUGCUAUAAUUCAGGGCUGAAUCUUUUCUUCUGUCGCAGACCCUAAGUGUAAUUCUUAAUGUCCUGCAGACACUAGGAAGCAAUAGUUCCUUUAUGUUUGAUAAAAAAUCUUCUGACUCACCAAUUGGUGAAAAGUAGCAAAAUUUUUAAAGAAAAUAACUCAUUGUUAAGGAUUGUGUUUCAAACCUUUUACCUGGUUUUGGGAUCCUUAUUGCUAACCUAAUUUUACAGGAAUUGCCAAGCUUGUCAAUACUGAUGUGUGGAAAAAGAUGGGAGAAAUUAUUGAGGAGAUAGGUCCGAAUGACCCCCAGAAUUACGAUACUCAAUAGCGUUCUACGUCAUUCUUGGAGUGAUACUCGUUAUUGGAAUCUUCUUUUGAAUUCUGAUAAUCUUCAAUUUUGUCAGAUGUAUCUGGCUGUCCUGCCGAGAAAGCAAACUAAAGAGAGAGGAAAUGAAAGAAGAAAAGAAGUACCAUGAAGAGCACAAGAAAGAUGCAAUUGUUUAUGGAUAUUCAUAUGAUAUGCCCCCUGUCAAGAAAGCCGAACUACACCAGAGUGUUAGUCUCAGCAUACAUGAAAUUAAAAUCUUUUGAGGAAAUAAAAGGCCUAAACCUCCUAAAAUAAAGAAGCAGGAAAUGCAUGUUCAUGACUACCGUCAAGGACAUCGAUGAAAGACCCCAAGUAUUGAUACAGUAAACACUGCAAGAUCAUUCUUAACUAAGAGGAGCGAUGACCUUUACUUGGAUGAAGAUGAAGCAAACUUUGAUAUAAACUCAUUCGAAGGGAAAAUCCCUAGUUUCAAGACUUUAAAAGUGAUAGGCAAUGCUGGGAAGGGAAAUUUCUCAUAGUUUAAUCAUCUCUCUAAUGUUGAUAAAACUCAUGAUG